AUGGCAAACGAUGCCGUUGAUGCUACAGCUCGUGUGCUGCUGUCCGAAUUCGCUGGCAAACAAUGGCAGACGAUGCCGUUGAUGCUACAUUUCGUAUGCUGCUGUCCGAAUUCGCUGGCAAACGAUGCCGUUGAUGCUACAGCUCGUGUGCUGCUGUCCGAAUUCGCUGGCAAACAAUGGCAAACGAUGCCGUUGAUGCUACAUUCGUGUGCUGCUGUCCGAAUUCGCUGGCAAGCAAUGGCAAACGAUGCCGUUGAUGCUACAGCUCGUGUGCUGCUGUCCGAAUUCGCUGGCAAACAAUGGCAGACGAUGCCGUUGAUGCUACAUUUCGUAUCCUGCUGUCCGAAUUCGCUGGCAAACGAUGCCGUUGAUGCUACAGCUCGUGUGCUGCUGUCCAAAUUCGCUGGCAAACAAUGGCAAACGAUGCCGUUGAUGCUACAGCUCGUGUGCUGCUGUCCGAAUUCGCUGGCAAACAAUGGCAAACGAUGCCGUUGA